AAGCAGAAACGAGACUCGCUGAUGGCUGGUGGAGCUACGCUGAUAGCACUGCUUGGUAAAGCAGUUCUGCUUUGCUCGGUUUACUCUGUUACUUCAAGUGAUUCAGUAUCCUUAUGCCCCGAAGGAAAGUUCGCGAACGCUGCGCUGAUCUGUGUACCAGAGUGUCCAUCGGGAUACUAUGGUGAUACACCCACGGGAACCUGCCAAAAAUGCUCCUCAAAUUGUAAAACUUGCCUGAAUGGUGACGAAAACGACAGAUGUUCCAGUUGUAAUCCUCCUUUGUAUCUGAAAGAGGCAUCAUGUGUCCAGACUUGUGGUGAAUACCUUACCAAGGGUCCUCCCGAGACAGAGAUUAGACUCCUUGGUGGAAGUAAUCAUCUUGAAGGCCGAGUUGAAAUUAAGCACGAUGGGAUCUGGGGCACAGUUUGUGAUGAUUUGUGGGAUAUCAGUGACGCAGAUGUUGUUUGCCGUGAAUUGUUGCUAGGAAAGGCCCAAGAGGCUGUAUCUUUUGGGAGACUGGGCAGAGGGCAGGUUUCACAACCGAUUUGGCUCUCAAAGGUAGAGUGCAUCGGAAAAGAAACACGCUUGGAGCGCUGCCCACACCAUGGGUGGGGCAAUCACUCGUGCAGCCAUUUUGAAGAUGCUGGUGUUCGAUGCAAGGGACCUGAUACAACCAGAGAAUGCGUCAGCUCCUGUGGAGAUGGAUAUUUCUUAGAGAAAGGAAACGGAAAGUGUAGUGUAUGCUCUCCGAGCUGUCUUACGUGUGAAGGCUCAUCUACAGUCUGCACCAGUUGUGACGCAUUUCGAUUCCGAAAAGGUGCAAGCUGCGUUACAUCAUGUGGACAAGGUUUCUAUGGCGAUACCUCUGAUCGACAUUGCAAACCAUGUGAUCCCGGAUGUUACACAUGCGCAGACGGAACGCUGUCCACCACUUGUACAACUUGCCCAGAUGAUCGAUACUUGAAAGGUGACGAGUGUGUCGUGAGCUGCGCUCCUUCGCUUGUUGGUCAAAGACGACGAAAGCGCCUGGUAGGGAUAAAUUCCUCUGAGCUUGAAGGCCGUUUGGAAGUUUUUGUAAAAGGCGCAUGGAGUACGGUUUGUGACAAAACUUUUAAUUUUCCCGAGGCAAGUGUCGCAUGUCGGCAGCUUGGGCUUGGAUCCGCUGUAAAAGCGGUCAACAAGACUGUAUACGGACCUGGAAGCGGCCCAAUAUGGUCUAGUGACGUGAAAUGCACUGGAAGAGAACUGAGUCUGUUUGAGUGCAAAACUAAACCUCGCGAACGUUCGGGUUGUUACCACAGCAGCGACGUGGGAGUUGUUUGUUCUGGACCACUGCGCGGCGAGCCACAAAUCAACCAGUGCCUGAAGCGAUGCAACUCUGGCUGGUACAAGAAUGACUUUGAUGUCUGUAGUUUGUGCGCAUCACAGUGUGCUGAAUGUUCAGGCAAUGGCUUCCGCUGUACUAGAUGCAAGGAACCUAAAUUCUUAAAAGACAACACAUGCGUUGAUAAAUGCAGCGAUGGAGAAUAUGGACACAUUCCUUCGCGAGAGUGCCGAAAGUGUAACACAGAAAAAUGUGUGAAGUGCGCAGAUGGAAACCACGAGAAUGACUGUAUGUCCUGUAAGCCUCCAAAAGCGCUGAAGAAUGGCACUUGUGUGGAGGGCUGUGGACCUGACAUGUACCACAAGAGUGGAGUCUGUGCACUCAAGUGUGGUGAUUUAUUUUAUCAGUUUGCUGGAAAUUAUUCUUGUCUCCCCUGUCCAUCUGAUUGUCUGCAGUGCGUAUACAACAGUGCCAAGGGUCUGCCCCAAUGUACAGUAUGUGCUCCACCGCUCGUGUUCGACAACAAUGUUUGUCGUACCAACUGUUCUGGUUCAAAGGUUGCCGUACCAAUUAGAACUCUGAACGAUUCGUCUUCGAAUUCAGCGCUGGUACGACUGAGUAACGGGUCCGACUAUCUUGAAGGUGUGCUGGAGAUAUUUCAUGAUGGAGUUUGGGGAACCGUGUGUGAUGAUGGAUGGGACGCGAAAGAGACCUCAGUAGUAUGCCGAGAGCUUGGCCUCGGCACGGCUGACACUACGGCAUCCCUUCGUCACAUCCCAAAACAAUCUAGGGAAGCGCAGGGCAAACUUUGGCUAGAUGAUGUUUUCUGCAGAGGAAACGAGAAAUCCUUGCACGAGUGUCGACAUAGUCCUUGGGGUAGAACGAAUUGCGGGCACGAUGAAGAUGCGGUUCUCCGUUGCAAGGGACCAGGAAUACUCAAGUGUCAACAGAAGUGUCCCGCUAAAUUUUACGAAAAGGACAAAGUUUGUUUUCCAUGCAGUAUUAGCUGCAACUCUUGCGACGGUAGUCCCAACAAGUGCAAAACCUGCACGACCGGUUACUUCGAGAAGAAUGAAACGUGUGUCACUGAUUGUGGUCGAGGCCUUUAUCCUGCUGGUAAUACAUGUCUGAAAUGUGACCCGUCGUGCGAUAGCUGUGACAUGACGCCUGGUAACUGUACAUUGUGUCCCGAUCGCAAAUACAAGAAGGACUCAAAAUGUGUGACUGACUGUAGGCCGGGGUUCAAGCCAACCUCCAAACCAUUUGUCCGGCUUGCUGGUGAACAUGUAUCACCGUUUGAAGGACGCGUUGAGAUUUACCACGGAGGCAAGUAUGGCAGCAUUUGUGAUGACUUCUGGGAUAUCAAAGAUGCUACCGUUGUGUGUAGGAUGUUAGGGAUGGGAAAUGCUACAGCUGCUGUUAAACGUGCAAAGUACGGAUCAUUAGAAAACGGGCCAGUUUGGAUGGAUGAUGUUAACUGCACUGGAAACGAGCUCUCUUUGAUUGACUGUGGGUUCAAUGGAUGGGGUAAUGAAGAUUGUACACACUCUGAAGAUGCGGGAGUUGUUUGUCAGCGUCCCGAUAACACUAGAGAUUGUCUCUCAACCUGUGAUCUCAAUAACGGAUACUUCUUGGACGAAAGCAAUGGGUGUGGUAAAUGCAGUAGUGAAUGCAAAACCUGCUCUGGUACUCCCGAAAAUUGCACGACAUGUCCACCAAAUACUUUCCUUAACAUGACAGGUAACAUGACGUUCAACUGCGCCUCUUCAUGCAUAGAGCGUUACUUUCCUGAUCCUCUCACUAAACACUGCAUGCCAUGUGACACAGAGUGUCAUGACUGUCAAGGCCGUAAAGAUAAUUGCACUGCUUGUGAAGGGAAAUUUCUUCAAAGCUCAAAAUGUGUUGAUAGAUGCUCAGAAAAUCAGAUUACUUUGAAAGGCGUCACUGAUAUUCGUUUGGCCGGUGCAAAUUCAACAGUGGAAGGGAGGGUGGAGGUUCUUUAUGACGGAAUAUGGGGAACCAUUUGUGACGAUUCGUUUGACAUCAUGGACGCUAAAGUGAUUUGCAGACAGCUAAAGCUUGGAAAAGCAGUCGAAGCUCUCGGGAGGGCGAAGUAUGGAAUGGGAAUCGGGCAGAUUUGGAUUGAUGAUUUGCAAUGUGUUGGAACGGAGAGAAAUAUCCUGGACUGUAACAUGAAAGCUGGGGGGAUUGGAAGUCAUAACUGCAGACAUUCGGAGGACGCAGGAGUCAAAUGCUCAGGUCCAGACAUGUCUAAGAAAUGUGUUACAUCAUGUGGUGCUGGUUUCUUCAAAGGAAAGAACAAGGAAUGCGAGCGAUGCGCAGUGAAAUGUAAAACUUGUAAUGGAUCAGCGUCUUCUUGUACCAGCUGUGAUCCUCCGCACUUCUACAUUUCUUCGGAUUGUGUCAGAAAAUGUCCGCUUGGUUUGUAUGGUGACACUAAGGAUCGCUUGUGUAAGCCUUGUGAUAAAGUGUGCCAGACGUGUUCAGAUGGUGAGACUGGGGAUAAAUGUCGUUCUUGUCCAAAUGGAUUGUUCCUUAAUGGCAGUGCUUGUGUCAAGGACUGCGGUGACCUCCGUUCUGUGUCAUCAUUAUUCUUGCCAAAGACGUCAGAGCCAGUGGUCAGAUUAGUAAAUAAAAAAGGAAACAAAGGACAGGGACGCGUAGAGGUGCUGUAUGAGGGAGUAUGGGGAACAGUCUGCGAUGAUGGUUGGGACAUGAACGACGCUAACGUUGUUUGCAAAGAGCUUGGUUUUGGGAAGGCGAAAGAAGCUACGAAACAUUCAAGCUUUGGAAAGGGAAUUGGAAUUAUCUGGAUGGAUAACGUGAAUUGUCUCGGUUAUGAGUCUUCACUUACCCACUGUCGUCACGUUGGCUGGGGUGAAGGUAACUGUGAUCCGAACCACGCAGAAGACGCAGGUGUGAUCUGUGAUAAUACGACUGUGGAAGAACUAAGCAAUAACUUUUGUAGAGAGGUCAACGAUGGUUCAUGUGCUGAUCUUAAGUUGUGUGACAGUCACGCAGGAGUAACGUGUGUGGACUUGGACCUCUACAAUCAAAAAGGAGAGGAAGAAUCCGUGUGUAUGAGAUGUCCAAAUGGUUACACAGGUGAUGGACAGAAAUGUAGAGUUAUUGCCUCUAAUCCUCCUAUAUUUGACAAGAAGCCAAUCAAGUUGGAAAACGUGAAAUUUCAAGAUGCGUUUAGCCUACAGUGUUCCUCCUUGCCUCCAGUGGUAUAUCCGUCCGCGUGGGACUGGAGGAGAGAUGGGAAGCCACUCUCCGUCGAUGACAUAAGAUCCAGGAGGAUUACUUCUAAAUCUGGGACUUUGGUAGUGAGGUCUGCUGUUGCAGAGGAUACUGGAAACUACACAUGUGUGUUAGUUAACAGUGCCGGAUCAGUCGAGAGUGAUCCGGUGAUGGUUGUUGUUGAAGUCCCUCCCCAGAUCCCUGGCGUUGUAUCAGCCGACGUUACCGAGGGCAAAGACGCAAUUCUGGCUUGUUUAGUAUCCAGCUCUCCACCGUCAAACAUCACAUGGCGAUACAAGGACAAAAUCAUUGGCUCGGACAACAGUAAAUUCAACGUCAACGAUAGAAACUUUUCUCUUCAGAUAAAAGACGUAACAUUUGAGGACGCUGGGGACUAUGAGUGCGAAGCUAUGAAUGAGUUAGGAUCAGCAGUGGCUUAUGCAAAACUUGAAGUGGGAUUGACACUUAAAUACACCAACUUCAUAUCAGAGGCAAAGGUAAAAAAACGGGGCCAAGAUGUCACACUACCAUGCGUUGUGAGAGCUCGUCCUCUUCCAAAUAUGGCAUGGAAAAAGGAUGGAGUACUGGUAACGAAUGAUGAUCGUCAUGUGGUCACUCAAAAGGAGCUGACAAUACGUAAACUUACCUCAACGGACAUGGGAAGGUAUUACUGUAUAGCCUGGAAUAAACGAAGUGUACAGGCCAGGGAAGCUCUCUUGUUUGUAACAGGGCCUCCGAUAAUCGACAUGUCUCCAGAGGAUCAGGAUGUUCUCUCUGGAGCCAACGUAUCUUUGUACUGUGGAGGAUAUGGUGAUCCUCCUCCGAAGAUUAUUUGGCAAAAAAAUUCCGUGAACGUCGAGACGUCAGGCAGAAUUAAAAUUGAUCCCGUCCAGGGAUCAGGAGAGCUUCAGAUCAUAUCAGUGACUGUCGAAGAUGCGGGAAAGUAUGAAUGUAUUUACAAAAAUAGUUUUGGUGAGGACAGGAGAGAGGCGUCACUUACCGUGGACGGGCAAACGGGAACAGAAUCAAAAACGAAGGCAUCAAAAGGUCUGAGCACCGGAGCAGUGGUGGGGAUAGUUAUUGCCCUUGCCCUCGUCAGUCUCCUCGUUAUUGUUGCAGUCAUCUUGAAGUGUCGAAAGACUUCGUAUUACAGAGGAGACAAACUUAUGAUGAGCAAGCCAACACGGUUCUCUGACUUGAAAACGAAAGUUGUAUCAUCUUUUGGCAAGGAAACAAGAGCAGAACCCUUAGAGGAGGAAGACAUCGAUUUAUGAAGCGACUAAGAAACAAAAACACUGUAAACUAGAAACUGUUUCCUUGUAGUAGAAUUGAUAGAGUAACAGCUUAGUAUAGGUAUCAUGUAAGGUCUCAGGUUUUAGAAGACAUAAAUAAGCUUGUGAAUUGAACAGUAUGCCCAACUCAACAUAGAGCAAUGUAAACAAAUUAUUUUCUGGUGGAAACACGCUUUUUAAUGUUAAAUGUCCUCUGAUAACUAGGGUUAGUUCCUAAUCCAUUGCAAUAAAAUAAAUUCUUAGUAUGCAUAAACAGCUUUCAGCUCGUCUGUAGGAUCAAGAGAUUGAUCAAAGUAGGCGUCCUAACCUUACCACUGUAGCGUGACAUACUGUGCAUGUGACAGCUUAGUCACCAGGUCUCGGGUUUUUGACACAACAACAGUAGUCGGACCGUGUGCUGGCUUGACAAGUGCUGGUUAAACAUAUUCUGUUGCUGUUAUUGAAUGUUGGAGGUUUAUUCGUUUAUGAAACGCGACAACCACAGAAAAACAUAAGAUUCCCUUUAUUUUUAACACCGUAGUGUAGUCAAGAGUCAGGACAAUAUUCAUUAAUUAGGCUUCAGUUGCACCGUAAGUGACCCAAAUAAACUGAAAGCUUCUCAACA